AUGAGCGCAGCGCUGCUCCGGGGUCGUCCGGGCGGCCCCGCGCUACAGUCAAUUGCUUUGCUGUCGACGAGAUUGGAAUUAAAGGCCUUUUCGACAGCAAGGUCUCCUAUUUCACGCGCCCUGCAUAGCAAGACACGACUCCUGCAACGGCGACCCUUCGGCCCUACUCUCAAUGCAUCCAGUCCGAUCCGGUUCAAGUCCGAUAUCACCACUGCUGCCAAGGCCGCGCCGGCUCGUCAUUCUAGAGCCUGGAAUAUUAUGUAUAAGAUAUUUGCUUCCUGUGGCUUUUUCGUUAUCGGUACCGGUAUUGUUGUCGUCGCUUUCUUCAUCUACGAUGCCAGUACCUACCGGGAACUCCGCACGUCAGGAGACCUCCCUGUUUCUGAGUUGGCAUUGAACCCGCGUCGAGGUGGGCCGAAGAAUCUGCCCAUUGCAGAUGUCCUUGUGAGCGAUUAUGACUCGGAGGCGAUGCUCGAGCAGAAGGACAAACCACGUCUGGUCAUUCUGGGUACCGGCUGGGGCAGUGUUGCACUCCUGAAGAAUCUCAACCCGGGUGAUUAUCAUGUCACUGUUGUUUCGCCGACCAAUUACUUCUUGUUCACGCCUAUGUUGCCUUCUGCUACUGUUGGUACACUAGGUCUGAAGUCUUUGGUUGAGCCUAUUCGCCGGAUUAUUGAGCGUGUUGAUGGCCAUUUCUUGAAGGCUUCGGCGACCGAUGUUGACUUCUCGGAGAAGCUCGUUGAGGUUUCCCAAGUGGACAAUGACGGUGUUCGGCAGAAUUUCUAUCUCCCUUAUGAUAAGCUCGUUGUGGGUGUUGGUUGCGUGACAAACCCGCAUGGUGUCAAAGGCCUUGAGCACUGCAACUUCUUGAAGACGAUUGACGACGCUCGAGAGAUCAAGAACAAGGUCUUGGAUAACAUGGAACUCGCCUGUCUUCCCACUACCACUGACGAGGAGCGUAAACGCUUGCUCUCAUUCGUCGUCUGCGGUGGUGGCCCCACGGGUGUUGAAUUCGCCGCCGAGUUGUUCGAUCUACUCAACGAGGACCUCCUGUAUUCAUUCCCCAAGAUUGUUCGGAAUGAGAUCUCCGUCCACAUCAUUCAGAGCCGGACUCACAUCUUGAACACUUAUGACGAAGCCCUUUCUCAAUACGCCGAGAGUCGCUUCACUCGUGAUGGUAUCGAGGUUUUGACAAAUGCCCGCGUGAAGGAAGUGAAGAAGGACCGCGUUCUCUUCAGCCAGGUGGAAAACGGUGAAGAGGUUGUCAAGGAGGUUCCUACAGGAUUCUGCCUCUGGUCCACUGGAACGAUGGUUUCAACUGACCUUCAUCUAGCACGAGCCGAGAUCUGCGAUAAGCUUUGUGAAAAAUUGGAAGGACAACGCAACAAGCACGCAUUGGAGACCGAUUCCCACCUGCGCGUAAUUGGCGCACCCCUGGGUGAUGUCUAUGCCAUCGGUGACUGCUCGACAGUGCAGAAUAAUAUCGCUGCAAAUGUCAUCAAAUUCCUCCGUACGAUCGCUUGGGAGAAGGGCCAAGACCCCGAAAAGGUGCACCUGACCUUUUCUGAAUGGCGCGACGUUGCCAACCGUGUGAAGAAGCGCUUCCCCCAAGCCUCCAACCAUCUUCGCCGCCUUGAUCUCCUCUUUAUGCAGUACGACAAGGAUCAUUCCGGUACUCUCGACUACGGUGAACUGUCCGAGCUCCUCCACCAGAUUGACACUAAGCUCACCUCACUUCCUGCCACUGCCCAACGCGCUAACCAACAGGGUCAGUAUCUGGGCCGUAAGCUGACCAAGAUUGCGGCUGCUCUGCCUGGUCUCAAGGCCAACGAGAUCGACUACGGUGACCUGGACGACGCUGUUUACAAGGCCUUCAAAUACAAGCACCUUGGUAGCUUAGCAUACAUCAGCAACGCUGCUAUCUUUGACUUUGGAGGUAUGAGCUUCAGCGGUGGUGUUAUUGCUAUGUAUCUCUGGCGUAGUAUCUACUUCGCCGAGAGUGUUAGCUUCCGUACUCGGUGUAUGCUGGCCAUGGAUUGGGCCAAACGUGCUCUUUUCGGAAGAGAUCUGAUGAGCUUCUAA